AUGGGAGGAAUUGUUGCGUUCAGCACAAACUGGGAUGAUUCACUUGAUCACUUUCGAGGAUUGGGGUGUGUUUUGUUGCUUUCACGUUGUUUGUUGGAUACUUUGCUGGAAAGGAAGCGGCUGAGAGACUGCUAUCUUUGUUCUUCAAAAAUCUGGAUGGUGCCUGUCGGGUUCCGGGUGCUGUUGGCCGCGAUGGAUCUGCUGGGUGGGUUGCUGCUUUUCAUUCUCGUGACUCCAAUUGUUCUCGCCGACGGUUGUGUUGUUCCUGUUUGUGGUGCUGGGUUCUGCUCCUUGGUGGCCUGGUUCCUGGUGGCGGCCAUUGAGCAUCGUCUGGGAGUGGGGUUGUUCUGGUUCAACUGA